AGUUUAUUUUUCUUGACAGUAAACUUAAGUGUCCAAAGGAACUCGAAAGUCGAAACACUUCUCCUUCCGUUUGUGUUUUUUUUUUUUUCCUUUGUGGUCCGAAUGAAUAAUAUCUCUGUUUGAUCAAGAAGUUAACAAGAAAUGUGUUUCAAAUGGGUUUUUAAUUCUUCGUCUCUCAACUUCUUCAUGAAUCACUCUGCUUAUCGAUCAAGUGAGAGCAAAUGCAAAUUUUAAGAGCAAGCUGUUUGGAUCUAUAAUUUUAAGAGAAUAUAAUAGAGAUGAUGAGUUCUUCUUCUUCUCCAACUCAACUUGCAUCUUUAAGAGACAUGGGAAUCUAUGAGCCAUUUCAACAAAUUGUCGGUUGGGGUAAUGUUUUCAAAUCAGACAUCAAUGAUCAUAGUCCCAAUACUGCCACUUCCUCCAUCAUUCAGGUGGAUGCUAGAGUUGACGAUCAUAACCACAACAAGACGAAUUAUGCUUCUUCUUCGCAUAACCAGAUUGAAGCAGAACCUUCUAGUAAUGAUAAUCAGGAUGAUGAUGGCAGGAUUCAUGAUAAGAUGAAAAGGCGCUUAGCGCAAAACAGAGAAGCUGCUCGCAAAAGUCGUUUGAGAAAGAAGGCUUAUGUUCAACAGUUAGAGGAAAGCCGGUUAAAAUUAUCGCAAUUAGAGCAAGAACUUGAAAAGGUUAAGCAACAGGGAUUACGCAACUCAUCAAAUUCUAGCUAUAUAGGACCAGCUGGGAAUAUUAUUAACACAGGGAUUGCUUCAUUUGAGAUGGAAUAUUCACACUGGCUUGAAGAACAAAGCAGGAGAGUUAGCGAAAUCCGAAUAGCGCUUCAGUCUCAUAUAAGCGAUGUAGAACUGAGGAUGCUAGUAGAGAGUUGCUUGAACCAUUACGCAAAUCUUUUCCAAAUGAAGUUGAAUGCAGCGAAAGCCGAUGUUUUCUACUUGAUAUCGGGCAUGUGGCAAACUUCCACAGAAAGAUUCUUCCAAUGGAUUGGAGGAUUCCGCCCAUCCGAGCUUUUAAACGUUGUGAUGCCUUAUCUUCAGCCACUAACCGAUCAACAAAUCUUGGAAGUGAGAAACCUCCAACAAUCAUCACAACAAGCAGAGGAUGCUCUCUCUCAAGGCAUCGAUAAACUUCAACAGAGUUUAGCUGAAAGCAUUGUGAUUGACGCGGUUAUCGAGUCCACGGAUUACCCUGCUCACAUGGCUGCAGCAAUAGAGAAUCUUCAAGCAUUAGAGGGAUUUGUGAAUCAAGCGGAUCAUCUAAGGCAGCAAACUUUGCAACAAAUGGCAAAGAUCUUGACGACAAGACAAUCAGCUAGAGGUUUGCUUGCUUUGGGAGAGUAUCUUCAUAGGCUUCGUGCUCUUAGUUCUCUUUGGGCAGCUCGCCCACGAGAAGCCACUUAAAAGAAGCAUUGCUUUGUCACAAAGCUUUUGGAAUUAUGUUUUAAAAAAGUAUAUUUGUUUAAGUAGAGUGAUUCUCUUGAUUAGAACUUUAUGGUUUUUGCUUUAUGAAGUAUCUCUCCAGAGAAGAUGUAAAUUUGGGUGGAAACUUUGUUAUAUAUUUUAGAUAUAAUGUACAACCAAAUAAGGCUUGUUAUAAUAAUACCACUGAGCAAAUUUGAUAGUA